AUGGAUGUUCUAAAAACCCUUCAUACUUCUGUUGCUCAAACAUUUGAGAAAACAUUCGAUGAUGCAUAUAGAGAUCUAUAUGCUGAAAUCAAAUCUCGUGACUGCAAAGUGGAAGAGGCCGAAAAGAAAGCUAAAUGCGCGGAGGAAGCCCGGGUUGAGUCCGCCGCAGAAGCACGGGAACUAAAACAUGAAAUUGCCAUCCUACAAGAAGAUAUGGCGCGGAAAGAUGUUAAUGCAGAGGACACGCAGGUCUCUGCUGACCAGAUUUCUAAGCUGAAAGAGACAUUCUCGCCUCAACAGGCUCUGAUCUUUGGCGACAGCCAUGCUGGUUUUGACACCGGCUCCGAUUCGAAGCCGAACGAAAUCGUCAAGGAGAAAUAUGCCGCACUAUACAAUGAAUUCAUGACUCUGAUCAAAGCUAUCGAUGGUCUUAGACUUCAAAUUAAGCGUCAAAAGAGAAAAUUGACGUAUUUGCGAGAGUGUCUCGAUCGAGAAACGUUUACUCUUGUGCUUGAUGGAAUUCCCGUCAAGUUUGAACGGAAGCAAACGACUGCGGUUGAAAGCCAGGCCCAGAAGUCAAAGAGACGCUAUGAAGCUAAAUUGCCACCCUGUGUUGCUGAGGAUUCCAAGAAGGCUGGCUCGAAAACUCGUUCAAACCCAUCCAGCCCCCAGCCAGGUGCUCAUCAUGACAUGGCAUCUUUGAAUCCUCAGGAUGAACAGCCAAACCAAAAUCCUUUGCUGUGUGAGCCCGUCGAGGUCUGCACAUCGAUUUCGAUACUGCCUACGGCUGGAAACGAGACAAACAGCCAAAACGCUUGUUCCAGAGCAGACAACCUACGAGAGCCGAGCAUGUCCAAGUUAAGGUAUCUGGAAUCGUGCAAACCGUCUGCUGGAGUUCCAUCAUCCGAUGGUAGCGUGAUGAACAGUAAAAUAAAAGAUUCUACUCUCAGAAGUGAACAGACUUCGCCUCAUUCUACAAGGGGACCGUCGCAUCAAGCUAAAUCUCAUCAAAUCGAGGAGCUCGGUAAAAAAAGCAACAAUGUCAAUUUUCUACAGGAGAGGCAACAUAACGCGGGUCUACGUCACGAAGAUACCUCGCCAACCGUCCUGCUGUCAUCGCUGGGCAAAGCAGACGAUAGUACCCGUGCUUCCGUCGCAAAUCCGGGAUCUUCCAGACACCCAACAGGUGAUCCGCUGCAUUUUAACCCGAGAAGCGAUCAUGACGGUAGCUCAGGGUUGGAGAGGAGACAUGAUAAAUUACCGGGCAGAUCUUUGAAACAUGCAUUAUCUUCGAUUGCGGAGGACGGUGAUGAAGUCGGCCGUAAGCGACGCAUGGGAAAUUUACCACAAAAUGCCUUAUCUGGGGCUAAGUCUACCCAAUUUCAUUCCAACGAGGAAACCGCUCUCACUGAGAGGCGGUUGCAUCAACUACUCGAAUCACCUAUACCUCCUAGACCCUCAUUACAACAGCGCAAAGUCACUCAGGCUGAAGCUAACGGAGAAAAUCGUCAUCAACAUAAGGAGCUAGGUCUUACACAGGCGGUUGAUAUUGACGUAUCUUCUAGCCUACGACCCACAGCAGCAAAAAGCGAGGAAACCCAACUGCCAGGAGCGCGACACGAGCUUCCAAGUGACCCCUCGUGUCGGGCAAAUGACUGUGAAGUCAGUGAGAUGCACCCGGGGGAUGAGCCUUAUCGAGCUCGACCGUUGCGCCGGCUCGAUCUAAGCCACUUUAAGAUCAAUCCCAAUUACAACCAAGGACUGGACUUUGCAUAUGAUGAUGUUGUUCGCAAGAGACAUGAGCGCGAUUCUAUUCAAGGCUGCACACGUCCGAACUGCUGCGGACAAAAGUUUCUUGCUAUGGCACGUCAUGGUGGACUGCCAACUCACCUAGAAAAGUUCCCAAGCGAAGACAGAGAAAUUAUAGAAGAUUUUCUCGGGGAAGAGAAGGGCAUAAUUGACCGGAUGACCACUACGGAAUAUCAGGACAUCCUUCACGAAGCGAAAGCAAGGCUCAUGGCCAAUCAAUACGGGCGACAUAGGCAUCAUCACCAGCGGCCCUCCACACCCCCUGGUUUCUGGCGUGCAGACAUGCCUGACACGCAGGAAGUGGAAUAUGACCGGGAAGAAGCCCUCAAAAUGGAAAGAGAGAAAGUUAAGGAGCGCCUCGGCUUGUAUUUCUUGGCACAUGUAGUAGUGCACGUGCUCAAGGGGUAUCUAUCCGCUCCCUCCGCUGUCUGUCGCACUCAGAGCUACUUCUGGUUGACUAGCUUGAGCCAGCACCAGUAUCGCAAGUCAUUCAGUCGUUUAGACGUGUCUGAUAUGGAAUCCACCUGGAAAAAUGGUAGCGCAAUACAAACGGCGCUUUUCCAGCCGUCCAAAUGGCUCCCUCUUUAUGAGGACUUCGUGACCAAGAACGCUAGCUCUGUUGGCCAGGUAGAGUCGGCGCUGAGGUCUUUGACCUAUAUUAUACCAGGUUGGUCUCAAGGCUUGCCCUUGGAAUAUUCACAUAGGGAAAUGAAGGCUCACUCAUUGCCAUCCGAUGCAGGACGAUACCGAGAUUCGGAAAUACCGUCAGAAUGUGUGCACUCUGGCGUACAGAUUCUAUCGUUGUAUCAUGACUCUCUCGUUGCUCGAGUUAUCUCUAGGCUACCGUCCACAAUACCCCGGCCCACACCAACACCCCAUUCCCGGUAUACGAAAUAUUGGACCUCCAAUUCAGUCCUCUAUCACAGAGUCGCCUUGACUCUUCAAAUGAUACAAUAUACAGAAUUACUCUGGGAAAUGGUUGCGCGACGCCGCGGUGAAAAGAUCCGCUGGAGAGUGGUCGCGAUAAUUGAAGUCAUAAAAGCGAUUUGUCGUCUAUUCUUACUUCGUCUCACGAACUCCCGGCCUCUAGUCAGCCCUCCUUUACCCGAACGUGAGGUCGACCCAAGGUCGUUGGAGGGGGAGGAAGAAAAUGACUGGAACGGAAUGCAGACGCCAGACAACGAGCGGAUUUCCGACCUGGGCUGGACUAUGCCGCGAACAGGCUUAUCACUCCCUUCUCUCCCAGACGUGAAUGAUGUGUCCAAUUACCUCAUUUCCAAGGUUCUCACGGCCGAUGACAUCAAACCGCCCAAAGCACUCUUGCAUCGAGUUACUGGUCAUGGUCAUUUAGCGGAAGUGCUCUAUAUACUCCGACCCGUCUUGUAUGCUCUAGCGAUGCAACGGUGGAGGGGAGACAAGAAAAGUUGGAGACCCUGGCUGAUUGGCUUCGGAAUGGAGUACGGCUGCCGACAGCUUGCCAAAUCUGAUUUCAAAGAAAGGGUUGCUGGUGGUCUUCGAGGACUAACAGGUCUCGAGCGUGAGGAACUAAGGAAAAGAGGAUGGGCUAUGGGCUGGUGGCUUUUCCGCGGAGCAUUUUACGAGAACAUAACCAAAUCUUGGUUGAGGGGAUUAACAGGGAAAAUGAAGGGAAAACCUGUACUUGACUUGGUGGGGAGCGUUGUUGAAGACUACGAAUAUCUGUGGGAUAAUUACUAUUUCUCGACUGCGACGCUGUAG